AUGGAGACAAAGUGUAAACAAUGGCGGAGGAGGUUGAAUCCAUGCCGACCUCUCCCAUGGACUCUUUGGACCUGGACAAGUUCAGGAAGGUGGUCAGGAGCUGCAUAGAGAGGCAUCACUACAAGGCCGCCAUGUUCUGGGCGGACAAAGUGGUGAGCCUGAGUGGCGGCGCGGCAGCCGAUGUCUACUGGCUGGCGCAGACGUUCUUCCUCACCAAGCAGUACCACCGUGCCAUCCUGCUCCUCACUCAACACAAGCUGCUCAGGAAUCUCACCUGCCGUUACCUGGUUGCGCUGUGCCACUACGAGGUCGGGGAGUAUCCGGCGGCGCUGAACAUCCUCGAGCACAACGACAACAACAACGUGACGGCCGGCAAGGUGGAGGGCGAGCCUCUGUCUGUGCCGGAGAUCGAUGAUGUCAUGUCGACCACCUGCUCCACACACCUGCUGAAGGGGUACAUCUAUGAGGCGACGGACAACCGAGCGCUGGCGGCCGAGAGCUUCCAGGUGGCGGUGCAGGCGGACCCACUGUGCUACGAGGCGAUACACGCCCUCACGCAGCACCACAUGCUCACCGCUAAGGAGGAGCAAGACCUCCUCAACUCGCUGCCUCUGUCCGGGUGGUGCAGCGAGGCCGAGGGCACCGUGGUGAAGGCCGUGUACCAGACCCGCACCAACAAGUACUGCUCCCCCAACCAGAUCCUUCCCCAGGCUGCCGCAGCGCUGGCCACCAAUGCCGACUUCCUCACAGCGCAGGCGGAGAAGCUUUACUACAACUGCAACUUCUCACAGUGCUCUCGGCUGACCCAGGAGGUGUUGAAGAAAGACCCGUACCACACUGAGUGCCUGCCCAUCCAUGUCUCCUGUAUGGUGGAGCUCAAGGAGGCAAACACACUCUUCCUCUUGGCGCACAAACUGGUGGACCUCUACCCAGAGAGCGCCCUCGCCUGGUUUGCAGUCGGGUGUUAUUAUUAUCUAAUAGGGAAGAACGAACAGGCGCGACGCUACCUCAGCAAGGCCACCACUCUCGACCGCGUCUUCGGGCCAGCGUGGGUUGCGUACGGCCACUCCUUUGCUGCCGAGAACGAGCACGACCAGGCCAUGGCAGCGUACUUCAAGGCGGCGCAGCUCAUGAAGGGGUGCCACCUGCCGCUGCUGUACAUAGGCAUGGAGUACGGACUCACCAACAACCCAAAGUUUGCCGAGAAGUUCUUCCGUGAGGCUCUGGAGAUUGCGCCGUCUGAUCCGUUUGUCCUUCAUGAGCUUGGGGUGGUGGCCUUCAGUAACCAGGAGUUUGCCGUGGCGGAGACGUACAUGCGGCAGGCGGUGGCGCUGGUGGAGGAGGGCGGGGCAGCGGCAGCGGUGGUUCCGGAGAAGUGGUCGGCGCUCCUCAACAACCUGGCGCACACCUGCCGCAAGCUGGCCAAGUAUGAGGAGGCCAUCCACUUCCACCAGCAGGCCCUGCGGUUGUGCCCAGGUGUGGCGUCAACCUACUCCGCGCUGGGUCUGGUUCAGGCGUUAGUGGGGGACUACGAGGCGGCGGUGGUUUCUCUGCACAAGGCGCUGUCCCUGCACCGUGACGACACCACAGCCACCACCCUCCUCAACACCGUCAUGGAGCAGCUCAUGGCACAGACACCGGCGUUCCAGGGGGAUGACAAUGUACCUCCACUGGACCUGCCGUCGGAGCUGGUGGGGACGGACACCAACACCAGCGACCUCACGCCAGCCUCCGCCGAGGAGCCUCUCAGCGACACCAGCCUGCUUGGGUCCAGUAUAGGUCAGCCCAUGAUGCACUCCUCAGACGUGGGCGUGGACUCCCUGGGCCACUCCGAGAGCCAGUCCUCAGCGCUUAUCAUCGAGGACAUGGUGAUGGAUGACCAGAGUCCUUGAUCGACGCAACUGACACUAACUUAAAACCGUCUGAAUUUACAAUCUCCAGAAUUUAUUUAAUCGCCCUAAGUUGCCAUUUUGUUUUAUGAGGUUCCCCCGCCCGCCCUCGCAAUCAUCCAUGUCAUGUGUUCAAUCCGUUGGCUGUGUUGUUUUUACUUGUAUGUGUUUUUUUAUGACGAUAUUAUGUAAGAUGCAGAGCCGCUGGAAGCAAUACAUAUUUGUCUACCAAACGAAAAAAAUUACAGUCAUGUACUUGUAGAACUCCACACACAGGUAUAUUCCAGUGCUGUUGUCCCAGUGCUUGUUAUUAAAAACCUAAAAGAACUCUGA